CAUGUGCAGCAGUGCGAUUUCGUUAACUGGUGUGGUCUCUUAUUCUAGGGACGGGUUUAAUGCAGAAAGAUGUGAGCUGAAGCGCAACUUCUCAGACGAAGCAUUUUGAUUUAUAGUUUAUCGUAGUGUCAAAUAUAUGUAUUUACUUGUCGAUAUUUUGUUUUAUGAAUGAACUAUUUGCUGCGGAAGUUUCAUAACAAUGAUUUCAGGAUGAGGUUUUUGAACGAAAUGCGCGUGGGUGUGGAUGCUGUGAUGUAAUUCUUCUGCCAAAAUUGUCAUGGGGUCCGAGUUGUCAAAGUUGUGCAGGGCGAUUUUAACCGCUUGAAGAGAUCCAGCUGAGCUCGUAUAUUUGUACAGUAAUUAUUUAUCUCCUAUACAUUUAGUCUGCUGAAUGUGACGGAGGAUUUAAAAAGAGUUUCGACGUAUAGGCUACCGACACAGUAUGCUACAAUGACAAACCAGAAGAAUAUGGAGACACAAAUUAGCUAUGUCUUGCUAUUGACGGUAAUCAUCUGUACGUCGUCAGGGUCCCGGGCACGUUUUGAGGACAGUCCACCUCGGAUUGUGGAGGACCCCUCUGACCUGAUUGUGUCAAAGGGGGAGCCCGCCACCCUGAACUGCAAGGCAGAGGGGCGGCCCAACCCUGCUGUGGAGUGGUAUAAGGAUGGGGAGCGGGUGGAGACGGACCGGGAUGACCCUAGGUCUCACCGCAUGCUUCUUCCAAGCGGCUCCCUCUUCUUUCUGCGUAUCGUCCACGGAAGACGCAGCAAACCGGAUGAGGGCAUCUACAGCUGUGUGGCACGUAACUACCUUGGGGAGGCACUCAGUCGCAACGCAUCACUGGAAGUAGCCAUCCUCAGGGAUGACUUCCGGCAGGCCCCCAGUGAUGUGGUGGUUGCGGCUGGUGAGCCAGCGGUCUUGGAGUGUGUCCCCCCCCGGGGUCACCCUGAGCCUACCGUUUCAUGGAAGCGCAACAACGCCCGCGUCAGCAACAAGGACGGACGCAUCUCUAUGCGUGGGGGCAAGUUGAUGAUCUCCCACACCAGGAAGAGUGAUGCCGGCAUGUAUGUGUGUGUGGGGACCAACAUGGUGGGAGAGAGAGACAGUGAUCCUGCUGAGCUAGUGGUGUAUGAGCGUCCUGUUCUGCUGCGGAGGCCAGUGAACCAGGUGGUGAUGGAGGAAGACACCGUCGACUUUCUGUGUGAGGUGCAUGGAGACCCCGCCCCCACAGUACGCUGGCGCAGAGAGGAAGGAGAGCUCCCCCGUGGGAGGUUUGAGAUCCACAGUGACAACAGCCUUCGUCUGAUGAGGGUGAAAGAGGAGGAUGAGGGAACAUACACCUGUAUGUCUGAAAACAGCGUGGGCAAGACAGAAGCAUCCGCUAUGCUACAGGUCCAUGUGCCCCCUCAGAUCGCCAUUAAACCCCAGGACCAAACGGCAGCUCAGGGGCGCAGCGUCACCUUUCAAUGUGGCACCAGAGGAAACCCCCCACCCGCCAUCUUCUGGCAGAAAGAGGGCAGCCAGAUGCUUCUGUUUCCAGGCCAGCCCCACUCCCAGUCUGGCCGCUACUCUGUGUCCAUGAGUGGAGAGCUGACCAUCACUGACGUCCACCCAGAGGACUCUGGGUAUUAUAUCUGCCAGGCCAUCAGUGUAGCGGGAAGCGUCCUGACCAAAGCACUGUUGGAGGUUGCAGGGGGUCCCCCAGACCGUGUGCCACCAAUCAUUCGCCAAGGCCCUGUCAAUCAGACAUUGGCUCUGGGGUCUGUUGCCCAGCUGCAAUGUCACGCAAUUGGUGGACCCACACUAAGCAUUGCUUGGGAAAAGGAUGGGGAGAGGAUUGUGGGAGAUGACCCCCGUGUGACCCUGAUGGAGAACGGGACACUGCAGAUUGCUAAUGUUAAGGAUACAGAUUCAGGGAUAUACAUGUGUGUGGUGUCCGGCACCACGGGGGAGUCGAGCUGGAGCGGGACACUCACUGUGAGAGGCGACGCGGACAGAGAGUCCCCAGGCCCCCGGGUGUCAGAGUCCAUCCAGCUGCCGGGGCCUCCUCAGAAGCCGGUGGUGACGGAGGUGACCAGGAACACUGUCACUCUCACCUGGCAGUCCAACCCCCAUGAGGGCGGGGCUGCUGUCACCUCCUAUAUCAUCGAGGCCUUCAGCCAAUCUGUUGGCACUGCGUGGCAGACGGUGGCUGACCAUGUGAAACAGGAGAGGCAUAUGGUGAUCGGCCUGUACCCAAACACAGUCUACCUAUUCAUUGUCCGAGCAGUCAACUCGUAUGGACUGAGUGACCCCAGCCCCAUCUCCGAACCCGUCAGGACACAGGAUGGAAGUCCUGUGGAGCAGGGUUUGGACCAGAGACAGGUGCAGAGAGAAUUACGGGAGGUGUCUGUCUACCUGCAGAAGCCUGUGGUCCUAUCACCCACCAGAGCAAAAAUCUCCUGGACUGUUCUGCGUCCGUCCCAGUAUGUACAGGGUUACAAGCUGCUGUACCGCUCCGUUGGCGGCACUUGGCUGGCCCAGGAUGUGAAAGCGGGCCCCGUGCUUGGCACCAUGCUUUCAGACCUGCGCAUGAACACAGAGUACGAGGUGAAGAUUCGCCCCUAUUUCAAUGAGCUGCAGGGACUGGAGAGCCCCGUGCUGGUCCUGCGCACCCCAGUGGAGGUGUUAAGUGCUCCCCCACGGGCUGUGUCGGUGGUCCAGCUUACCAACAGCUCCAGCAUCAGUGUCUCCUGGGAGCCCCCCACCACAGACAUUCAGAGUGGUACAGUCCUGGAGUACAAGGUCUGGUGCCUGGGGAGUGAUUCUGAGAGCAAGACAGAGAGACACAUCAACAGAACUGUUGAUGGAGCAAUGCUGUCCGUCUUACUGACUGGGCUGCUACCAGACCUCCAGUACAGUGUGGUGGUGGCUGCAGUCACUAGCUUGGGAGUGGGUGAACACAGCUCACCUAUCGACCUGGUUCUCACUCUACCUGUGGACCUGCCUUUAGACCCUCUGCAGAAAGAUAGCAGUCUCAGCCUAUCAGAGCAGAUCACAGGCGUGGUGAGCCAACCAGCAUUUAUCGCUGGGUUGGGCGUGGCCUUGUGGCUGGUGCUUAUGGGCUUCAGUGGUUGGCUGUACUGUCGCCAGCGCAGGAGAAAGGAGCUGGGACACUACACCACCUCAUUCGCCUACACACCUGCAGUUGGAUUCCCUCACAAUGAUGGAUCUGGUCUAAUCAAUGGAAGUAGACCAGGGAUGUUGGGCUCUAACAUGGGGAACUACCCCUGGCUGGCAGACUCCUGGCCUGCACCUGGCCUUGCAAAUAAUGGAAAAGACUCAGUCAACUGCUGCUCUGGUAAACUGGACUCUACAGAGAGAUACUAUAAUGCUGGCAUCUCCAAUUACCUGAGCCAGUCAGACAAGUACAGCUCAGCAUCCAACAACAGUCCUAUCUACAGCACCAUCAAUAAUACAGCUGCUGCUGAGGACCUGCAGUGUCUGGCUUACUAUGACAGCUACUCCAACAUGCCCUACACCCAGGGCCCUGACCCCUACACCAGUAUGCCUGGUCUUUCCAACUCUGACAUCUUUGGUCUGGGGCCGGAUCAGGACCAAUGGACCAUCCAGUCUGGAGAGUAUGCCAAGCUGCAGUAUGCCAGGACAAGCAAUGCCAAGCUGGUAAAGCAGAGGUCCACGGGUUCUUCAUCCAAGUCUGCACCACUCAACUGGGAGAACAUGUUGUCUCUACCAAUGCCCGCUAAUAAAGGAAAGGAUUUGACAAAGCGGGAAAGACAUGAGGGGAUGAGCAGCUCUGAUGAGGAUGAGGAGGACUGGUGUCCCCCAUUGCCAGCCAGGACCUACCUAAUGGAGGGCUCCAGGGAGGAGUUACCCAGCCUUCCCUCCUCAAGAGGGGAGGAGUUUGCCCAGAGCCAAGACUCCUGCAGACAGUCUACAACAACACUCCCACACCCCGCCCAGGAGGAAACACCAGCCUCCACUGUCAGUCCCCGUCUGCAGCAGUUUGACCUGCUGGCCCGCUACGGGCCCAGUUGCCAAGUCUCUCAGUCCAACCCGAAGCAGUUUGCCGAGGAUGUCCAUGAUGUCAGCCAGUGGGGAAACACUUUCACAGGGGACAGCUUUAACUCAGAGAGGAAUGGUGGAGAAGGACAAUCUCCUUCAUUUUCGUCUGAGUCGAUCCAUACUACGCAGGGACACAGAACCAGGAUCAAGCAGAAAGGCUUGAGGGAGGGGCAGCACAGGCAAGAUCAUCAUGACCAAGCAGCUGUCAAUGACCUGCCGCCUCCGCCGACCCCACCCCCUGGUGUAGAUGACCCCAUGCACCUCCUGUCUGAUGUGCUGAGCUGCAGCCGCACACCAUCAUCAGGCAACUCACCAGCCCUGCAGAGGAGAGGAGACUCCUCCCCCCAGAAGAGAGGCACUGCCAUGUGGGGCUCACAGGAUGAGGGGGUAAUCCCAUAUUGCCCGUCAAGCUUCCUGCCCCAGGGCCAGAUGUCAGGCUGUGGUGGCCUGGGUGGAGUUGCCUCCCUCCAGGAUCCAACUGGACAGAGAGGACCUGCAGCUGCCCAGAGGAGGGAAGAGAAUUUCAUAUAGCUGCAAGCAGAAUAUGUGACGUGAAGUUCUCCGCCAUUUUUUGAGGUUGUUUUGCUGCUUCCAUCUUUACUAAACUCCAGCCUUUUGCCAUGGAAUGAAACGAACUGAAGACAAAAGGGAAAGCAUGUAGACUUGCCACCUGCCUUUUCAGCAUUGAUUCAUAUUUGUGUCUUUUUUAAUUUGAUUAUUUAUCAUUUUUGUGUCUUUUUAUUUGACUAUUUAUAAUUGUUGUUGUGUUAUGUCAGGCUUCAUUUGUAUAUAGUUAUUGUUGAAAGUUUUUUAAAUAUUUGACCUGGAAUAAAAAAGAUAUAUUGUAUUUUGAGAACAUAAAAAGUCUUAAAAAUGACUGUAGAUAUUAUACAGAAGAUGUUUGAAUGUACCUUAUGUUUUCUUGUUUACCAUGAAACCAUUUUUAUGUCUGUGGGAUGAAAGAUAAUAUUGUAGAUGAGGCAAAACUCUGUUAAAAAGACCAUCCUAGAGUUGGGCUUCUAUGAAGGAGGGACUGAGUGUUUAUUUUCGUUGUUUAGCCCUGUUUAUACCUGGUUCCUUCAUGUGUAUGUUUAUCCCAAUCUAGUAGAGACACAUUUUUUUAGACCCUAUUACAAUCAUGACACAAUGCUUCUUUUAUUCGUCUAAACAUGUGGGAAGAAUCUGGUCCAGGAUAAAUAACAUGUUAACACAAGGUAUAAAUAGAGCUUCUUUGUCAUUGUGAAAUCAGCCUUUGCUUUUUUUUUAAUGGAUAUGGAUUUUCUCAACACCAGAUGAAAUAGCCUUUGUCAUUUUAGGUUGUGAUGCUGAAAAUGUGUACACUUAUACCCUUAAUUAACACACAUUUUUAUGUUCUGUCAUCAGAUCAAUGAUUUGUUUAACCAAUAAAAAGAGGAUCCUGUGAGCUUUUCCACUUGAGACCCAUUCCU